UCAAUCAGCAGCAGCAGCUUCUCUGUGGUCUGCAGGGGCUGAUGGGAGUUUCCAGGAGCUGCUAGAAAGCAGCUUUUCCUGCUCUGGUCUCACAGCUCGUCCUUGUUGGGUCUGGGCUGCAUCAGAGCUCCACUUCUCCCCAGGUUCACCAGAGGAAACACCACGGACCAAAAUGCUUUUCCUCCCAGCUGCUGCUCUGUGCUGUCUGUGUUCAGCGCUGGUUGCCAUGGCAGCAGGGCCGGUUCAGGACGAUGUAACACUGACCAGGAGAGUUGGACAAAGUGUCUCCUUCAGCUGUGGACGAACUGAUCAGUGUGAUGGUGACUUGAUAAGAUGGUUUCAGAAAAAAGAAUUGGAAACUUUCAGAUUGAUUCUUGUUAUUAACAGACAAACCAGUGAAAUUAAGUCAGGCUACAAUCAUCCUCAGAAAGCAGAUUUCUCAGCUGAAAAUACACAGAAUGGUUGUUUGUUGAAGCUAAACAGAGUUAAACUGGAUCAUUCAGCCACCUACUACUGCAUGUGUGUGAAGUAUGCGUACUACAUCUUUGGACCUGGAAGUAAACUGUAUGUAACCGAUAAGCAGGUAGUGAAGCCCGUGGUGAGCGUGUACCCAGCAGCAUCCAGAGUCCACCUGGGGGGGGGCAGCUCCCUGCUGUGUGUGGCCUCAGCCAUGUUUCCUCCUGGGGUCCGGUUCUCCUGGAAAAGACAGAAGAACGGCCCGCUGGAGGACGUCCCCCCUGCCGAGGGAGAGCAGGUGGAGCUCAGAGAGCCGGGACGCAGCGCCUCCAUCAUGGUGGUCCACCGCCUCCAUCAGGACACGUACAGAUACAGCUGCUACGUCAAGCACGAGGGCGGCACGGUGGAGGCCCAGACACAAGAUCCAGGUUCAGGGGUUCCAGCUCCAGCAGAUCCAGGUUCAGGGGUUCCAGCUCCAGCAGAUCCAGGUUCAGGGGUUCCAGCUCCAGCAGAUCCAGGUUCAGGGGUUCCAGCUCCAGCAGAUCCAGGUUCAGAGAUCUUCCAGUCUGAGUGCAGGGUGAAGCUGCUCUGCCUGCUGUACACAGUGCUGACCCUGAAGAGUCUGCUGUACUGCUGUGGACUCUCUCUGCUGAUGGUCCUCAGGAACAAGGGGCCGUCCACCAACUGAACACAUGCUGACUGGUUUCUCUGAUAAUCUCACUCAUCACAUCAUUUAUACUCUUGAAAUACACAAAUGAUUAACCGUCUUGGUGAUAUUUCAUCUUUUAACAGCAUUUAUUUCUCCUUCAUGUCCUUUUUAAUAUUCUGAUUGUGCACAGUUUGGAAUCUGAUUCAUGUUUAAUCAAUAUUAUACUCAA